AUGAUGUUUCACGAACGGGUGUCGACGCAGCGGUCGUCGAACAAACUAUUGGGUGCCGCAGGACCAUCGUUGGGCGGCGGCCAACAUAUCGCCCAGAUUCUACACGGUCUUCAAGAUGAAGCUUUUGAUUGUUGUUUAAAACUGUUGCCGGUAUCAAAUAGCGUUCGUAAGGGUCAAUUGUUGCUGAGUUUAGGGUGCAGCAGUCAAGUACAGACAAACAUGACGAACGUGCGAGGGCCGAGUUCAUCUGCUUCUGCCUCAACGACAACUUCAACUGGCGUUCUUAUGGUCGGCCCAAAUUUCAAGGUUGGGAAAAAGAUCGGAUGUGGUAAUUUUGGAGAGUUGAGAUUGGGAAAAAAUCUCUAUAACAAUGAGCAUGUAGCCAUAAAGUUGGAGCCUAUGAAAAGCAAAGCACCGCAGUUGCAUUUAGAAUAUCGUUUUUACAAACUUCUCGGACAAAAUGAGGGUCUACCUCAAGUACACUAUUUUGGGCCAUGUGGUAAAUAUAAUGCAUUGGUUAUGGAAUUAUUAGGUCAUUCAUUAGAAGAUCUGUUUGACAUUUGCGAUCGCAAGUUUUCGCUUAAAACUGUCUCAAUGAUUGCGAUGCAGCUAAUGAGGCGGAUAGAAUAUGUUCAUUCAAAGCAUCUGAUUUAUCGAGAUGUGAAGCCUGAAAAUUUCUUGAUAGGACGGCACUCAACCCGUAAACAACAUAUUUUACACAUAAUCGAUUUUGGACUCGCCAAAGAGUACAUCGAUUGCGAUACUGGCAAACAUAUUGCUUAUCGUGAACACAAGUCGUUAACGGGUACAGCCAGGUAUAUGUCAAUCAAUACACACCUUGGUAAAGAGCAGAGUAGGAGAGAUGACCUCGAGGCCCUCGGUCAUAUGUUUAUGUAUUUUCUUCGUGGCUCGUUGCCUUGGCAAGGUCUUAAAGCGGAUACACUCAAAGAACGCUACCAAAAAAUCGGCGAUACUAAAAGGGCGACACCGGUUCAGGUCCUCUGUGAAGGAUUUCCUGGCAAGUUUACAUUGUAAGAAUUUGCUCAAUAUCUACGAUAUGCGCGACAAUUGGAUUUUUUCGAGACGCCUGAUUAUGAGUACUGCUAUAAUCUAUUCAAAUCUGUACUAGAUCGACUUGGUUUCACGUAUGAUUACGAAUUCGAUUGGACACCAAAACUCAAUCAAGUGUCAACACCAUCUGGUUCGUUACAUGCCGGUGAUGGCGCACAUAAAGGAGAUACAAAAAGGGGUGGUAUGGCGAAGGGUCGUGAGGACGCGUUGAAACCUUCCAAUCCUGGUACUGGUGGACAACCAGCUGGUGGUGGAUUUGGUUCUACUCAAGUGAUAAAUUCAAAUACGGGAGAUAUGGUUGAGGAUCCCGGCGGUCGUUCACAGCAACCAAUUGCUCACGCUGAAGAUAAUAGCGAAGUGAAGUGCUGUUGCUUCCGUCGUCGAAGGCGAAAGGUACCACAGCAAAAAUGAGAAGCAGCGCUGUCGUAUUGCAGUCCUUCCUACUUUUUCGCUUUCCCCUUUCUCAGCUCGACAAUUCAUUUUUGUUUUAGCGCUGCGUAUGCUCUUACAAUUGUCGUACCGGUGCUUAACUAUCGCCUCGCCUUUCCUCUUCUCAAAACACGUCGCGUUUUCAUUUUUAUAUCUUCUUCGUUUUAUUUUUAUUUUGAUCAUGUAUAUCAAUAAUUUAUUUUUCAUCUUCUUCUCUUCAUUCUCAUUAUUAUUAUCUUUAUUAUCAUUAUUACUGUUAAUAUGAUUAUUG